CAUCACCUUUCACCAUUUCAUUAAUCAUCAAGAAAAAAAAAAAUACGUCAGACAUGGCUGUAUGGGCAUAGUUCCCUUUGCCUUACCCUUCGGGGAAAACCAAACAAAAAAAAAAAAAAAAAUCAAGUCAGCUUGGUGCAGUCAGGAGGUUUCGGCGCUGCGGAAGCUAAAUUAAUCGUUUUAUAAAGAGAAAAAGAAGAACCUUAGUGAUACAGUAUGGCUGGACAAGGACACCAGUUUCCAGGCAACUUUCAGGGCAAUGCCGGCGCCAUGCGGUCCGGUUUUGGCGGCGGGCCGAUGGGCGGGCAAAUGCAAUCAAUGCCUAACCAGUUAGCCGGUGUGAUGGGUGGUCCGAUGGGUAACACAGGAGGGAUGGUCGGGAUGGGCAACCCAAUGGUGCCUCCUUAUGCUGCAGCUAUGCAAAAUCAGAUGGGGUCUAUGGGUAUGGGACCACAGGGCAUGGGAGUUGUUGGUGGACAACAGCAAGGAGGACUCGGGCCUCCGCAGGUCCCACAGCAAGGCCAGAUGCAGGCAGCGGGCGUGGCUGGCGUGACGGCUUCGGCGCCGCCGCCCCCCGCCGCGCCGCCCGCCGCUCCACCUCCGCAGAACAAGGAGUUCAACACUGCUUCCCUCUGCAAGUUUGGUCAGGAAACAGUUCAAGACAUCGUGAGUAGGACUCAAGAAGUUUUCCAGACUUUAAAGGCUAUCCAACCUCCGAACGGCACCCAGCACGGCGAGAACGCGAGCAACGACAAAAAGGCGAAGAUGCAGGAACAACUACGUACCAUUAGGCUGCUGUUCAAACGGCUGCGGCUCAUAUACGAGAAGUGUAAUGAGACUUGUCAGGGUAUGGAGUAUACACAUAUGGAGAGUCUGAUUCCUCUGAAAGACGAAGCAGAUAACAAGACUUUGGACGAGCGACGAAACACGGAGGCGUAUAGGCUGGCUUUGGACGAGAACAGGGAUUUGACGGAACAGGUGGUGUUAAAGAAUAAGCAGCUGAAAGAAGUGAUCACGAAUUUGAGGACAAUUAUAUGGGAAAUAAACGUGAUGUUGACUAUGCGGAGGUCGUAAUCUGAAUCGUAUUGUAUAAGGUACUAGAUUUAAUUUUAUUAUUGAAAUGUCUCUUAAAGAAAGGCCCCCUGGCCUUUCAAAGGUUAAAAAGGCCACAAAAAAUCCAAAGCCAUUCAUCUGAAAAAGCAAUUUUGCUAUUUGACAUUUGUGUGUAUUGCGCACUUUUAUAUGCGCAAAUGUCAAAUAGCAAAAUUGCUGUUUUAGAUGAAUUUCUUCGAUGUGGCCUUUUUAACCCCCAGGUCAAGAGUAGAUACUCUAAAGGAAGCGAAAGUGGUUUGUCAGGAUCGUAGCAAAUUGAAUUCGUGGUCUCUACCCGUUCUUAUGAGAAAAAAUCUUGAUCAUAAUUAUAAUACAGGGUGUUAGUGACACUGUACUGAAAAAAGAAUAAAAAAAGUAAAUUAUUUAUUGCAUCAAUGUUGGUGUGUACAUCGGCAUCGUUCGCCAAACUGCAAAGCUGCGCAGCAGUUUGAUGGCAGAAAGGUCACUCUUUUGUUUUUUUAUUCAACAUUUUAUUUUAGUAUGGUAUGGUUCAGAAGGAGGUGUUCAAGUUUACAAUUAUGACAACAAUAAUACGGUGGAAGGUAAUCUAAAUAUAUAUAAAAGGAGAAACUGACUGACUGACAUAUCAACGCACAGUCUAAACGGCUAAACGUAGGCACUUGAAAUUUGGAAGGGACGUAGGUUAGGUACCGUAGAGGUGCACUAAGAACGGAAUUCCCGGAAUUCCCACGGGAACGGGAAUUAGCGGCAAAAUCCUUUUGUAUGAAAAAUCUAAAUCGCUUAAGUUAGACGCUUGAAAUUUGGCAUGCAGGUACCUUAGUUAACUUAAAGCUUAGUUGCAACAGGAUAUUGCAAAAUUCCCACGGAAACGGGAGUUAGCGGGAAGAAACAUUUGUAUGAAAAAAUCUAAACUGCAUAAGUUAGAUGCUUGAAAUUUGAUAUGCACCCCCCACACACACAAAGAUCUCUCUUUUAUAACACGCCACGCGGACGAAGUCGCGGGCAAAAGCUAGUCCCUUAUAUAUCCCUUAUAGAUUGUUCUAAAUAUUUAAAUAGAACAUCUACAUGAUUGUACUAAAAACGAUUGUAGGUGUUUUUCUUGUCGGAAAUGUUUAAUUAUGGUUUUGGAGAUAUUACUGCGUGGCAAAGAUUUUUGAUUGUUUCGUUUUAUAUUUGGAUUAUAUGCAGCUUAUAUAGCACAAUAUACCUAAGUCUGAAAAUAAUUUAAAAUUUUCAUUAAUUUUGCGACAGGAAAUUCAACUUGAUAUCAACUCGGAAUCAUGGCCUGAAUCAUCUCUCAAAGUUUUCGUUACGGUGUCACUGACACCCUGUUUUUGUAUUGUAAUUGGGUAAUUACAUCAGUUCAGUUCUAAGAUACAUAUUGUUGUAGUCGAAAACUAAAAUACCCACAAUAAAGGUCAAUGCUCCCUGUCGUCAUAUAACCAAGCGCCAGUCUGAUUUACGUGUGUGAUAACAAACGCGGAAUGCGCGUGAAUUUAGGAUGAUAACCAGCUGAACGGAUUCUAUGUAUUUCUUUAGUUCAGGCAACUGUAUAUACUAUAUAAUAUAUACCCUAUAAAUACCCCUUAAACGUAGCAUGAUAUAUCUCUGGUUUUAUUCGCGCUAGACGGUGUACUAUAUCUUUGUUUCUAUAUCUUGUGUCUAUAUCCUGCUGUCAUUCUUAUUAUGCUACGUUUGUCGGGGUAUAACCAUUCUUUACAUCCAGUUAGGCAUUUUUCGUACCUACCUGAAGUCACAACCCGGACAUUUCAUACAUUUACAUAUAAAUGGACGUUUGAAGACUUAAGUAAAAUCGAGGGGGGUGAGGUAAACCUAGCUCAGCCGCUGGUGGGGAGCGGCGAGUUGCCGUUCUAUACACAGUUUUAUGCCUUUAUCUAUGCUGCAGCGUAAGGAGUGGGCAUAUCUGUACUUCCUUUGUAUUUGUAAAUAUCUAAAUCUAAUUCUGUGAUAUAAUAUCCGUUAAUGUAACUGGCGUGAACAUUUUAUUACUGUAUUGUAAGUUAAAUGAAAAUAAUAGGUGUAAGUAUCAGUUUGAUAAGAAAACUUCACUGUAAUAAUACAUUGUUGCAUUGUGUACAUAAUGAUAUUGUUAAGGUUUUGAUGGUGUAAUAAAAUAUGCACUUAUUUUUCUGAA